ACUGGACUCUCGUUGGCUAUUGGCACCCACAACGGCUGUUUCCAUUGUGAUGAAGUUUUUGCUGUAUACCUUUUACGACAGCUCCCGGAAUUCAAGGAUUCUGUGAUUAUUCGUUCACGGGAUCCUAAGGAGUUGAAUGCAUGUGAUGCCGUGGUCGAUGUAGGGGGUGUCUAUGAUCCUGAACAAAUGCGAUUUGACCAUCAUCAAAAUGACUUUUUUGACACGGGAAAGUGGAGUGUCAAACUAAGCAGCGCGGGGCUGGUAUACGUGCAUUACGGAAAGAAAGUUCUCUCUUUGAUGACAAACCUCAAGGAAGACAGCAUCGGGCUUCACAGAAUUUUCAUGAAGGUCUACGAAUCUUUCGUUCUGGAAAUUGAUGGUACUGACAACGGUGUUUCUCAAAGUCAAAAUAGUCUGAAGUAUCAUAUUCAUACCGAUUUGGACGAGUACAUACAAUGGUUAUUUUACAAAGCCCUUGAACUCGUCGGUCGUGAAUUCGUCGACACUGUGGAAUACUUUUCCCACUGCUGGUGGCCAGCCCGCGAAAUAGUUUCUCGAGCCAUGAAAGGACGUCGAUUGGUAGAUGAGUCCAGGGCGAUCAUUGUUCUUGAGCAGUCUUGUCCUUGGAUGGCUCAUUUGUUUGAUCUGGAGCGCGAGGAGCGCGCGGAAACGCCCAAAUAUCCACCCAAAAUAUUUUUUGUAGUCCUUCCCGGUGAAAACGGAAAUUGGGUAGUUCAGAGCCACACGGUUGACCCAAAUUCGUCUUUCAAACCAUUGCCAUUUCCUGAUUCGUGGCACGCAUUGCGAGACGAUGAGCUGUGCGCGGUGACUGGAUUAGAUGGAUGUAUCUUUGUGCACACUAGUGGUCACCUCGGUGUGAACAAGACCCGACAGGGUGCGAUUGAAAUGGCUCAACUUGUUGUACACGACUGGAAAGCGAAGGAUGAAUCGGAAGCUGGAAAUUUGGAGAGAGAAAGAGAUAGGGUCACAUAUCCCCGAGCUCCAUUUGUCCAACUUUUCUGUUCUGUUCUGUUAUUUUUUUUCUAUUUUGAAUUUUAA